AUGGAGCUGCAGUGCGAUUUCCUGCAAGGAAUCCCAGUACCACCACAUCCAUCGCAAGCAAAGGAAAGAACCCCUUCCCUUGAGCAUAGCGAGAACCACAGCAACGCAAACAAUGCUCGGCGAAAGGGUAAAGAAGUCCAGGGAAACAGCAAGCGCCAAGGUUCCCAGAUGACCAAGGUCGAGCAGGCUUUAAACGACAAAGUGUUGGAAUUGCAGGAUCAAAUUCAAGAGGUCAUGAGAGGAAAGAACCUAGCCCCAAGCCACGAUUUCCACUUCACCACCGAUCUCGCCUUCACAGACGAGAUCAAAGCGGAACCCCUACCAAAAGGCUUCAAGAUGCCCGCGAUCGAGCAGUAUGCGAGCAAGACAGAUCCAGAGGAUCACCUAGAAACUUUCAAAUCAUUGAUGUUCUUUCAGGGUGCCUCUGACGCCAUAAUGUGUAGAGCAUUCCCCUCUACCUUGAAGGGGGCGGCAAGACAAUGGUUGUCACGCCUCAAGCCGCGCUCCCUGACCAACUUUGUGGGGCUUGGGUGGGCUUUUCCUGCCCACUUCAUGAGUAGCAGAGUCAAUAAGAAGACAAUGGCCAAUCUCUUGGCUGUUAAACAACGCCCUGAUAAAUCAAUCAGAAAUUUUUUUACAAGAUUCAACAAGGAGGCACUGGAAGUGCGAAACCUGGACCAGAUCGUGAAGUUCCAAGCUCUACGCAACGGCAUCAGGGAUGUUGAGUUGAAGAGGUCCCUGAUCAUGGACGAGCCGGCAAACAUUUAUGAACUCUUCUCACGUUGCGAGAAGCACAUCAACCUAGCAAAAGUUAUUGCAGCCGAAUAG